AUGGCGGCGAAGGGGGAGGGUUUGAACGUUGCACGUGCGGUUACGGAGGGGGGAGCGGAAGGGGGGGCGGAAGGGGGGGCGGAAGGGGGGCCGGAAGGGGAGCGCGUUAAUGAGGCGGGCGCCCAGCGGGAGGGGAAUGGCGGAGGCGGAGCGCCGGGGGGAGGGGGGAGUAGUGGGGAUGCGCGCAGCGGAGAAGGAGGAGAGGUAGUGGGGGAAAUUGAGCGGCGGUGGGUUGAGGGUUUGGGGGGAGAGGGGAAGAAGGAAGAGGAGGUAUUGGCGGAGGAGAGAAGGCGGAUUCUGUUCCGCAAAGGGGGAAAGGCGGAAGCAUUUGCGCGGACAGGGGGAGGAUCUGGGGGGAAUACGGGAAACGGAAUAGGAGGGGAUCAGGUGGGGGAGGGCGGAUCAGGGGAAGCGGGAAGAUUAAGCGGAGGUGGGGGUAAUGCUGUGGGGGCAGCGCUACUGGGGGUAUUGGAGGGGGGAAAAGGCAAGGGGAAGGGGGGAAAUGGGAGAGAGGAGGGGGAUGUGGAGGAGGAAGAAGAGGAGGAAGGGAUGGGGAGGCAGCAGCUGGAGGAACUGUACCGGCACCUGAGACAGCCCAGGGUGGUUCUCAGAAAAGAAGCUUCCAUCGCACAGGGGAUAGCAAACGGGUGCUUUGAGGCAGGGCAGAGCAGGGAGCAUCACCACCACCCCGCCACUCACAACCCCUCUCUCUGCGCGACAGCCACCCCCUCGGUGUGUGUGGCAGAGGUGCUGUUGCAGCGGGGCAAGUGGUGGGGCAGCACGGGGAUUGUCCGGCACCGACAGCUCUUCUGCCACAUUGAAGAGGCACUGUAA